GCUCCCAGAGCUGGCAGCGGCAGUGAGGCUGGUGGCUGAGAUCAGCUGGGGCAGCAUUGUGGGGCUGGGGGUGCUGGAAGAGGGGGUUGGAGGUCUGGAGGCAUUCAGGGGCUCCCCUCGUCCCUCCAGGCUCCCGCAGCUGGCGGCGGCCGUGGGGCUGGUGGCCGAGAUCAGCCGGCAGCUGGGGCAGCGCCGGGCCGAGGCCGAGGCCGAGAUCGGGAGCAGCUUCGAGGAGCUGGAGGCGGCUCUGCGGCAGCGGCGGGAGGUGCUGCUGCGAGACCUGGAGGCCACCUGUGCUGCCAAGCAGCAGGUGCUGGAGGCGCAGCUGGAGGUGCUGCGGCAGGGCCAGGAGAGCAUCCUGAGCAGCUGCGCCUUCACGGAGCAGGCGCUGCACCACGGCUCGGCCACGGAGGUGCUGCUGGUGCAGAAGCAGAUGGGCGAGCGGCUGCGGGAGCUGGCGGCGCGGCCCUUCCCCGAGCACCCGCACGAGAACGCGCAGCUCGAGUUCCGCGCCGAGCCCGAGGGGCUGCGCCGCUCCAUCCAGAACCUGGGCGCGCUGCUGACCACCAGCGCCACGGCGCACACCACGGUGGCCACGGGCGAGGGGCUGCGCCAGGCCGUGGUGGGGCAGCCCUGCUCGCUCAGCGUCACCACCAAGGACAAGGACGGGGCGCUGGUGCGCAGCGGCGGCGCCCGCCUGCGCUUCGCCGUGACGGGCCCCGACGGCGCCGCGGCCGAGGCCGAGGUGCAGGACAACCGCAACGGCACCUACGAGCUGGUGUACACGCCGCGCGCCGAGGGCGACUUCGUGCUGUCCAUCCUGCUGUACGGGCAGCCCGUGCGCGGCUCCCCCUUCCGCGCCCGCGCCCUGCGCCCCGGCGACGUGCCCCCGUCCCCCGAGGAGGCCAAGCGUCGCGUCAAGUCCCCGGGCGGGGGGCACGUGCGGCAGAAGGCCCUGCGCCGCCCCGCCAGCAUGUACGGCAGCGCCAAGCGCAAGGAGAACCCCAUCGAGGACGAGCUCAUCUUCCGCGUCGGCAGCCGCGGCCGGGAGAAGGGCGAGUUCACAAACCUGCAGGGGAUCUCCACGUCCAGCGCCGGCCGCAUCGUUGUGGCCGACAGCAACAACCAGUGCGUGCAGGUGUUCAGUAACGAGGGGCAGUUCCGGCUGCGUUUCGGGGUGCGGGGGAGAUCCCCGGGGCAGCUCCAGCGCCCCACGGGGGUCUCUGUGGACACCAACGGCGACAUCAUCGUGGCCGACUACGACAACCGCUGGGUCAGCGUCUUCUCACCUGAGGGCAAGUUCAAGACGAAGCUGGGUGCGGGGCGGCUGAUGGGCCCCAAGGGCGUCGCCGUGGACCGCAACGGGCACAUCAUCGUGGUGGACAACAAGGCCUGUUGUGUCUUCAUCUUCCAGCCCAACGGGAAGCUGGUGGCGCGUUUCGGCUCCCGUGGCACCGCCGAGCGCCAGUUUGCAGGGCCCCACUUUGUGGCUGUCAACAACAAGAACGAGAUCGUGGUGACCGACUUCCACAACCACUCGGUGAAGGUGUACAACGCAGAGGGCGAGUUCCUGUUCAAGUUUGGGUCGCACGGGGAGGGCAACGGGCAGUUCAACGCGCCCACGGGGGUGGCUGUGGACAGCAACGGCAACAUCAUCGUGGCCGACUGGGGCAACAGCCGCAUCCAGGUACCGCACCUGCACAGCUGCACCUGCACAACACCUGUGCCGCACACCUGUACUGCACAGCUGGACCUGCACAAAUACCUGUACCCACACAAACACCUGGACCUGGACCUGCACACACACCUGGACCUGCACACACACCU